GUGGGUUCUCGCCGAAAAUAGCGCUUGCAAAAAGCGCCACGAUGCGGAGCAAAGUGCGUGGGACGGACCCACCGCUGCCCACCGACGACGACGACGAGACCGACGACUUGGAUCUCAACGGGUGGUGCGAGCCCGACAUUGACGACCAGCUCGACCUGCUCGUGCUCGACGAUUGGUCCCGCCCACUCGCCAUCACUGAAAAGGAGGCCGCGCUCAAAGCCCAGCGAGACGCGCUCCGGCGCCUCCAGCGCGAAGCCAGGCUCAAAGCAGAAGAGAAGCCCAAGGACGAAAGCUCCAAAUCGGCAAGUCUUUGUCGCCGGCCACCGCGGCCCAAGCCAGACGAGUCACCAAGCGCCAGCCUUCCCGUGCACAGCAAUUCCCAUACGGACGCGGCGAGUCGCCGGCCCCAAGCCGUUUUGCACUUUGCGGCGCCACCGCUGCACUCGAUUCCAAUCGCACUGCGGGACCUCGAGAACGACCGGAUCAACCUCGCGCUCGACCACCCGUCCGACGCACUCUUAGAUGCCUCGACUACAGCCCAGCUCCACGUGGUCGAGGGGCUGCGACAGCCGCCAUCGUCGAUCCUCCUCGAGCUCCCGCCGACGCGCGAACGGGACGCGCCACCCCGACCGCUCCAACCGUACCACCCGCUACGCAAAGGCUUGAGCUACGCAUCGGGCGCGCCCGUGCUGCAAAAGCUCGAGCAAGACCGACUCGAAGCCGCGUUGAAGCCGAGGGGCCGCCGGUCGCUCGACCUCAUUGAUGGCGAUCCGUCGUUGCGCAUGCGCGCGGUGCGCAAGAUGGACAUUGAGCGGCAGAUCCGCCAAGUCAAAUCGUGCUUGCGCAACUCAAUCGCGACCAAAAACACCGAGUCGCAGCCCAACUUGGCGGCGCCGUCGCGCCUCGACGUCUUGCGCAGCAGCGUGAGCUCGUCGGUUCUAGAGUCGAUGCUCACCACAAAUCACCACAACACACACUUUCAGAGCCCAAAACUGCACGUAAAACGAUAACGUUAGUCGGUGUAUGAACUAGACAUACCUCCAAAUCGCCACCUAGAUCUCUUUAUCCAGGAUACAUUAAUAUUACAGAUGAGAGAC